AUGACAAACACCACAUCCACCCCUUCAUCCUCGGCCCAGUGGCAUACCAUCUCCCCUCAUACUCGACCGCUCACACUGACUGUCCUCGAACUCACUCCCUUGGCACUCACACUCUCCCUCUCACUCACACCUCUAAUCCCACCCUCCCAUGCUCAUCCUCAUUCGUCUCUCCCUCAUUUGGUUCAUCAAAAUCACCAUACCCACGCUCAAUCUCAAUCUCCAUCACACUCGAAGGGCAAAAAACGCAUACACGGCGCUAACCUCACGACACCCAGGGCCAAGAGAAGCGGAGAUGUAAGUGAAGAAGAAGAUGAAGAAGUAGAUUAUUCAUCUUGGAUAGAUACAUCAUCAUCAUCAUCAUUUAAAGACCUCUUAUCGCACGGUGUGGUUGUCUCAGUAAAUGGUCAACCAUGGUCUAGGAUUUAUGCUCAUGUAAGCGAAGAUGAAGACUCAGAACUGGAUUGGGAAGAUGAACAUGAAGAUCUAUCUGGAUCAAACACAGCUAUAGUGGUGAAUGAUGAAGAAGGGAUAGAAGAAGGUUCAAUCACCCGAAGAAGACCUAGAAAACCCCGUUUUGCCUCUUCAGCUACGAGUCACACUUCGCAAGAUAAAGAUCUGAUAUUGGCUGGUACGGCUGGAGGACACGGUAAGAGGAAAGGAGGAAAGGAGAAGAUGGAUAAAGAUAGAGCCGUGGUUGUUGUUUAUGGAUUAAGUCCUGGGAAGGAAUAUGAAGUGGAAUUAAGGGUUGUAGGGCUGUUCAGUCAAGAAGGUGGUGAAGGUCUAGUCUCAACGAGCGUUCUCAUCCCACCUUCGCCAACACCCAACUCCAAUCUUCACCCUCGCUCUCGAGCCAAUUCAUUGCGAUCCCGCUCAAGACCACGAUCAAGAUCCAACUCUCUCACCGGUGGCUCACCAGGUCACCCACAAUCUUCUCACCUUUUAUCCCACACACGGUCUUCCGAUGCUGUCGCCACUCUCGAUUCCCUGGCUUUGGGAUCACAUGAUACCCUAUCACCCGAUACCGCUACGAUCAUCCCCACUCCCGUACUCAAUGCAGUGGAUACGCAAACUGCCCAACUUCGACAUCUUAUCGCGACUGCUCACGCAGAGAAGGAACACUUGCAGACUCAGAUCAAAGAAGCUCGACGUACUUCCCAACGACAAGAGGCAGCAUUGAAAGCUGAAAUUGAGAAUGUGAAAAAGGCAAUCGAGAAAGCUGGAUCUAUGGACCUGCGUUCCAAGCAGAAAGCCUUGGCUACUCAGGAACAAGUGAAACAAGGUUGGGCAGGAGCAGAGUCAGCUGAGAAGGAUGCUAGUGAUGUUGAGAGUGGACUGGACACUCUGGAAUCUAAGCUUGAAGCGCUGAAUAUAGAAGUAGAAGCGAUUCAACUGGAAUGGAAGUCCAUCAAAGAGAGAGAAGAGGAAUUGCGUGAGAAAGAUAAGAAGACUAGAUUAGAAGAGGACAAGAAGUUGCACGAGGUAUUAAAUAAGAUGGAAAAGCUGAAAUCGAAAAAAUCCAGGAAACAAUCUGAACAAGAUGAAUUGGAAAAGCAACUGAAAGAAGUAGAAGGGAAGAUCAAAGAUGUUGAAAAGAAAAAUCAAGAAGAUCGUGAAAGAGCGAUGAGAAAGAACAGUAAUGCCGCAUCGUACUUUGCUGCAGGAUAUGGAUCAACCAAUAAUAAUAACAAUGAUAAUCAUGAUUAUGGGGGAAUAGGAUAUGGUGGUCAACGAAGUUUAUCUGCUCAUCCUUCAUUGACCAAUCUCAAUGGCCAUUACGCAACUGGACCAGCUUAUAGACCUCGGGGAGGUGCAGGCGGUGCGAGUGGAUAUCAACCUCGGUUCCCUUCCGCUGGAUCUACAUUCCGGCCUAGUCCUAGUCAACCUGCACAUAGUCCCACCCAUCCUAACACCUUCUAUCAGAUCCAACACCCCGUCCCUCCCAAUGCUAAUCCAAAUACAUCACCUGCAUUUAGACCGCCCAAAUUGGCUAAUCAACCUUCCCGAUCAACUUCUGGACCUACAUCUUCCCAAUCUACCAAUACCACUUCCACUUCUAGUGGUGUGAAUGCUGCCGCAUUGCCAUUCCACCCUGCCAACUUUUCACCUAACAACGAACCGCCCAAUACUACCCAUCAUACAACAUUGAUGCCACCGCAAUUACAACAUCGUAUAUAUCUGCCUAAUGUACGACCUAGACCCACACCCAAUUUCCAUCCUCCACCUAGUGUCUUGGCUGAACAGGCUCAGGCGCAAGCGCAAGUUCAAGCGAAAUCGUCAAAUAAUUCUAGUGGAUCUGGCAAUUCACCUGCAAACGACGGACCGGGGGUCAGAUCGCCCAAUCACUCGCCACCUAAUUUCCCUCCUUUACCUGUCAACAAACAAAACCCCACUUCGACCUCUUCUCCCUCAACACCGUCUGGACCUGGGUCUGGAUCGGCUGGACCAAGUCUGGCGUCAAUCGUGACCAGAGCUGUACUUAGUCCUACUAGCGCAUUGGCUCAACAGAGUCAAGCUGCAAAUAUAGGUAAUGUAGCUUCUAGCGUAUUGAAGAAUCCUCCUACCUCGCAUGAAGGUGGAUCACCCGUACCUACUCCACCAUCUUCAGCUAGGUUGAGUAGUCCCAGUAACAGUACUUCUACCACCACAGGAGGGGAGUUCCCGCCUCUUAGUCCUACUUGGCCUAAUAGCUUGGGACAACCGAUAAGAAGGGAGAAUACACCCCCGAUUAGUAAUAUCUGGAACAACCCAAAAGAUAGGGAAAGGGAUAGUCCGGUGGGAAAUGCGGUGCUUAGGAAACCUUCUAGGUCUGGAUCGGGAGAAGCCUCAAAUUGA